AGCAUUUGAAAUCUGAGCGCCAACGGCAUAGCAAGAUCCAUGGGGCGAGUCAAUGAUAAAGCAGCACACAUGGAUAUCUACGAUUCGGUACUAAUGCACAAAAAAGUCUUGUUUUCUACCAUGUGAUUUGGUACGCAUAGUGUUCAAUUAUUUUUUUUGUAGAGCUUGGCGAGUACGUGAUUAUAAGAAGUUGAAUAAUGUGCAGAAGCGGAAAGCAUUGUUAUUCGCCUUUACCAAGACACGCCGGCGUGUGUCCGAUGUGAAACAAUCAAUAGACGCCUGUGAGUUUUAAGAACAACAAUAUGGCCGUUGGAAAAAGCCUUGUCUUCUUCAUUAUCUUCCUUGUUCACAACACUGAGGCUGCUGUUCAACCCCGGAUGGAACUCACAAUCACGGAAUUUCUGGACAAGGUUCUGGUCGGAUAUGACAGACUACAACCUCCCCGAAAAGGCCAAUCGACAAGGGUGCAAUUAGGGGUGUAUGUGAACAGCUUUUAUUCCAUUCGAGAGCAGACCAUGGAUUACUCUGUGAGUAUAUACUUACGCCAGAGUUGGGCUGACCCAAGACUGGCGUUCGCGCCAAAUGCAUCACUGGGUAUAGGCACGAUGAUUAAAUUGGACAACACCUUCUAUCAAAGGAUAUGGAUACCUGACGUGUAUUUUCGCAACGAAAAAAAGGCCAGCUUCCACACAGUAACCAUUCAUAAUCGACUAAUGUACUUGUACUCAAAUGGAACUGUAUGGUAUGUCACAAAAAUAACAGCUACCUUGGACUGUCACAUGAACUUGAAGGACUACCCAUUAGAUAAACAGAUAUGCCCAAUGAUGUUGGAGAGUUUUGGCAACACGAUGGACACAUUGCACUUUGAAUGGAUGACGAACGCGGUGGAGAAGGACCCGAGCCUGAGGUUGCCCGAGUACCGCUUUGAUCAAACGGACUUCCAAGACUGUUCACAGAACUACACGGCAGGCGCAUUCCCCUGCCUAAACAUCGACUUCCAUUUGACAAGAAAUCGUGAAUACUACAUAAUGCAAAUAUACCUUCCCUCCGGACUCAUCGUCAUCAUGUCAUGGGUCAGCUUCUGGAUACACAUCGACGCCGUUCCGGCCAGAGUGACCAUCGGCCUGGUCACCGUGCUGACCAUCACCACCCAGACCACUGCGGCGAGAGAGUCCCAGCCUCGCGUUUCCUACAUCAAGGCGAUUGAUGUCUGGUUUGCCAUGUGCUUGAUCAUAGUGUUCGCCUCGCUGAUCGAGUAUUCGUUGGUGAACAAUUUUACAAGAAGACAGGUGCCCAAGCUGAAAAGGGUGACGACCCCAGCGAGAGGAAGGAAAAUGAUUAUCACGAUGCCAUGCCCGUCUGCCAAAGAAAAGCCCCAGAUCAGCAUGUGUGAAGAACUGGACGAAGCUUGUCCAUCGACGUCAAAGGAAGAGACGGUGAAGGAUCCAAAUGGUCGGGAAAAGGCAAGAAAAGUGGACAAAAUUUCCAGAGUUCUUUUUCCGAUGUGCUUCACUAUAUUUAGUCUGAUAUAUUCGUGUUACUAUGGAUUUUGAAUUGUUCCAGAGUUUGUUCUGCUCACAAAUUGUCUGGCAGGACUUGGGCGGAGAUCAAUUUUGCAUGAAACAUAUCAAUAAGCAUAGUGUCAAAGUGACGUCAUCGUGAUGAGAAAAACUCGUGAAUUUGCAAAAUCUUCACUCGUCUUUUUUCUCUUUCUUUUAACAUGAUUUUGGUGUGAAAAAUAUCAUGCAAUAAUCUGCUGAAAAUUAAGACACCUGUUAAAACGUUUUUGGUGUUUUUGAUUGCAGCAAAAGCUGGGUUUUGGAGGGUUUUCUUUCAAUUUUGAUCCAUAAAUGUCAUCCGUAUUAUAAAGUUGUGCAUUGUGCCAGAAUUCAUAUACGUGUGCGUUUCAUCUUUAAGAUAGCACACAUAAUGGCCUUUCCAGUCCGCAUUAUCUGUUUUGGUCAGAAUCUAUUUAUUCUUUAGUCAAAUAUAGAUUACAUGUUGGCGCAGUCCUUGUGCCAAUAAUCGAGUCGGUUGGGAAUAACACAAGUGUAAGAAAAUCUCAGAAGAGUUCAGAUCAUCAUCCUCCUCAACCGAAUUGUGUAACCGCAAUUACGAAAAAACGAGGCAGUUUGCUCAUAAUGUAAAAAGGGAAGCCAAAAUCCCGACGUACCAGAUAUAAUGGUUAUUAGUAUACGCAACUAACAAUCAAGGAAAUUGAAUUUGAAGUAUCGAACAGCAGAUACUCCCGGUAUCUUAAUAUCAAUCUAGCUGACUUAAUCUCCCGUUUUCAUCAAUUUUCCUGGAUGUACGUCAUUUUAGGUGAAUUUGAUUACAUGUGAGAGAAGUGUGAGCUUCCUAUUAUAACACAACGAUGCAUCAUGAUUCCCCAACUUUUUGAAAAAUCGGAAUGAUGGUAAUAAAGUUGGAUUUUCCUGCCUUUCAGUCGAUUUGGCGGCAGAGCGGGAUUAAUACUCUGGAUUGGUUUUUAUACGGCUUCGGCCGAAAAUCGGAUUUCUAUCAUCUGAUUGAGCACUGGCCCUAAGAUAUGCCUAUCCAUGAUGGAUACCAAUGUUUAUUGUACAUGUAACGUUGUGGCGUUUCAGUGAAUGGUGUCCUAUCUAAAGACAUUGAGUAAAGUAUGGAACAUGUACAUAUAUUUAAUUUAAGGUGCUACCGUGUGUCUGGUUUGCGUUUAAGACGAUAGAUCUUAGCCUACCGCAUGAAACAAUCGUAUUUCAUAAUAUUUUGUUCACCUUGAUAUAAAAUCAUAUGAAAAGCAUUGUGGUGUAUAGUGUCUUUCUUUAUCUUAUUGAU